AUGGCGUUCGGACAGCUCUACACCUACGCGGGCAACCCCCGCUCGACGGGCAUUCGCGCCGUCGCGAAGGCGAACAACCUCGAGCUUGAAGAGGUUGACACCGACACCACCCAGCCGAGCGCCGAGUUCCUCAAGCUCAACCCCCUUCACAAGGUUCCGACCUUCGUCGGCGCCGAUGGCUUCGUGCUCACCGAGUGCAUCGCCAUCGCUGUCUACGGUACCCCGCAGGCCGCUAAUAACCCUGGUAGCUACGCUUCGAUCCUGAGGUGGAUGUCGUACUUCAACAGCGAGGUGUUGCCCAAGCUCGGCGGUUGGUUCCGCCCCCUCCUGGGCAAGGACCCCUACAACAAGAAGGCUGUCGAGGAGUCGCAGAAGGCUGCCCUCGCGGUCAUCUCUGUUGUCGAGGCCCACCUCCGUGACAACACCUACCUGGUGGGUGAGCGCAUCACGCUGGCUGACGUCUUCGCCGCUGGCCUGAUUUCGCGUGGCUUCGAGUACUUCUUCGACAAGGAGUGGCGCCAGCAGAACCCCAACGUUUCGCGUUGGUAUGAGACGGUCUACAAGCAGCCCAUCUACUCGGCUGUUGUUCCCGAGCUUUCUCUUCUCGAUACCCCCAAGUUGACCAACGUCGCCCCCAAGAAGCCUGAGCAGGCGAAGCCGGCCAAGCAGGCCCCCAAGCCGGCUGCCGCGGCCAAGCCCCAGGAUGAGGAGGAGGCGCCGGCCGAGGCCCCCAAGCCCAAGCACCCCCUUGAGCUUCUCCCCAAGGCUUCCCUUCCCCUUGACGAGUGGAAGCGCCAGUACUCUAACAGUGAGACCCCUGAUGCCAUGAAGUGGUUCUGGGAGAACGUCAACUUCGAGGAGUACUCUAUCUGGAAGUGCACCUACAAGUAUAACGAUGAGCUCACCCUGACGUUCAUGUCGAGCAACCUCAUCGGUGGCUUCAACACCCGCCUUGAGGCUUCUCGCAAGUACGUCUUCGGCUGCGCGUCGGUGUACGGUGUCAACAAUGACUCCGUCAUUGAGGGUGCCUUUGUCAUCCGUGGCCAGGAGUUUGAGCCCGUCUUCGACGUCGCUCCCGACUAUGAGAGCUACGAGUUCACCAAGCUCGACCCUACCAAGCCCGAGGACCGGGAGUACGUUGAGCUCCAGUGGACGUGGGAGAAGCCGGUCGUUGUCAACGGCAAGGAGUACCCCCAUGCCGCCGGCAAGGUCUUCAAAUAA